UACUCGAUAGUCCCCACGUAGAGUGCUCAAGCGUCGGGGCGUACCGGCGAGUGCCAUUUCAAGUCUGUGUUCUCCCUCAGAGAGCGGUACUGAACGCGAGAUCACUAGGCUCUCUUGGCGGGACAGACUUGCCUUCGAAUAACUUGACGAUACCACACUCUCAGAAACUCGAGGUGCAACAAUGGCUGUCCCGCCGUACCAAUUGAAACAAAAGCCGACUGACGCUUGGUCAAUUCGCGAGAAGCUAGCGCUUGCGUCAUCGGUCGAGCGAACCCGAGAUCAGAACUGGGUGUCCGUCAGUCGACAGAUAAAACCUUUCGCAGAGACCAAUCGGCCGCCCGAUUGGUUUUCCCAGAAAAAUUGCGCUCUCCAGUACGGCGCCCUCCUCGAAGAUGUUGAACACCCAAAAAGGAAACGUGGAGAGGAAAUCGCGACUCCAGGGUCGAUCAUAGUGAAGAAUCUGGUUCAGGAGAGGAUCAAGGAGCUCGAAAAACUCCUGAGCGAUGGACUUGAGAAGCACGAGAGGCUCCAAAGGGAGUUGGCUUUACUCACAGAUGACCAGACGGAUGAUCAGAAGGUCGAGUCGAUGGUCGACGAGGCCAACACAGCUGUCGAGAGUGAAAUUCGCCAGGAAGAAGUAUAUGAGCGAUGGCUAAAGGAGCGCGAGCUCGAGGCGGAACGUCAACGACAGCGACGACUGCACGCUUUGGCGAUGAAAACCAAGAAACAAGUGCGCACCAUCAGCGAUGCGUCCGAUUCGAUGCAUUCGGACGAUUCGAAUCUCGUCGUCGCUCCGGAGUCACCCCUUCCACCUCCACCGUCGUCGAGUCUCUUGACAACCCUACUCCGGUCUCCGACUCAAUCCCCGAACCAGAGUCCGCGAACAUGCCAUGGAUCUCUCCAAUCGAAUACGGUCCCGUCGGUGUCGCUCCAAAGACUAAGCGCCGAACCUCAGAACACCGGCUCGAACGCGGCCGUUCCCAAGCCAACAGCUUGUUCCAGCAUACAGGCGCCCACGCUGUCGAAACUCCUGGAGCAAGCUCCGCCUUCAGCGCCUUCCACCCCGGCAGCGAGCGUGGAUGCUACCCUGGACGAUAAAAAUCAAGUGAAGCUGGUCGAGACAGUGAAGGACGAGAUCAAGGUGAAGCAGGAACCAACUUUCCAGGAUACUCUUUCCGCGAUCGAGGAUGUUACGAGUCGACUGCAGGAACCGCCGCACAUAGCCCCCCUUGAUCCGAGUAUCGCGCGAGCCGUGGAAGCCGUUCCGGAAGUCGAUGUGGGAGACGAGAACAUUAUCUCGGUCAUCGAACAGCUACAGGAAGACAUGCAGCGCAAAGAAGAAGAGGACAACCAACGAAAACAGCUUAUGGCGAUGCAGCAGAGCCGUGAAGUUCCCCCCAACGCUGUGAGCGACCCCCUCCAAGCUCAGCAUCCUCAGUCUGAGACUCAACAGGCUCAUUCCAUCGAGGAAAUGGCUCCUCUGAAGACACCGCCAGAGCCUCAAUCGGUCAAGAUCGCCUCCCUCCGAGAUCCGUCUCGUGAGUUGUCUCGACAAACUCAGCCACAAAAGCAGCAAUCUCAACAGGAGCACGCCUCCGGGGACACCCAAUCGUUGGAGAGAUCGACGCAGGGAGCUUCGAGCUCCCAAGCUCCACAGCAAACGCAACAUUUCUCGCCUCAGCAGAUCCCACAGACGUCGCAGACGCCCGGGCAACAAUCCGAGAGCGAGCAACAGCCUCAGCAAGAACAGCAGAUCUCCCUUCAACGAAAGGAGCCGCCGAUGUCGCAUUCCCAAUCGCAGGUGAAACAAUCUCAGCAAGAACGACAGCAUCCAACCCAUCAGCCCCAGCAGACGCAGCAAGAGGAAGAACGUCAGGCUCCAUCCGAGAGCUCGAAGUUUCCAAGCUCACAUCUAGACGCGAACCAAGACGAGAAACAGGAAUCUAAAUCGCAAUCAGCAGAGCAGAAACAGGCGGUUCCGUUCCCGAAACCUACAAACACAAAGGUGAGCGCUGGUUCGCAGAUCCCUGCGGAGGAGUUGCCGAAAAAAGUACAGCGAGAUCGAGACAGCACUCAGAAGCUGAGAAACGAGCAGAAGUCGUCAAUCGAGACGCUCAAGACCGCCUCAGCCGAGAGAACAUCGAAGGCGCCGAAUCCAACGACCGACGCGAUUCCGCAAAAUUCAGUCAGAGCUCAAGUGCCGAAAUCGCCGCAGGUUCCUAGAGUUACAGAAGCGGAUGAAGAAGUCAAGACCGAGAAGAGAGAAGAUAUCAAGAUCGAACCUGCAGAACGCUCAGGAACCACGGAGAGUUAUCCGGCCCACGGCACCGAAGAGGUCUCCGGACAAGACUCUUGUCACGAACCUCCUGUCUAUGAAGAGCACGUCGCAAGUAAUGCCGAACUCGAAUCCGAAACGCUUUCUCAGAGGGGAGUCAAGGACGGCCAUCCCGAACAGGACGAGAUGAUCGAGGAGGAAGUCUCCGAGGAAGAAAUCACGCAUGAUCAAGACCACGAACUGGGUGUCAAGAAUACUGCAGCGCUGGAGAGUCAAGCUGCAGUACCAGCAGCGAAGAACCUCAAAGAAUCGUCGACGGAUAAAGAGAAAGAUGUUGACCGCGAACGAGACCAGAAGAUCUGGAAGAAAUCCGCUCUACUCGUCUGGAGAACAGCAGCUAACCACAGCAAUGCAAGCGUAUUCCUGAAUCCGGUGCCCGAGGACAUGGCUCCUGGCUACGAUGACAUCGUGUUCAAGCCCAUGGAUUUGGCGACAAUCAGGAAAAAUAUUGAAAAUGGCGUCAUCAAGACAUCCAUGGAGCUGCUCCGGGAUAUGAUGCUAAUGUUCCAAAACGCCAUCAUGUACAAUAGUGCGGAUCACGACGUCUUCCACAUGGCCAUCGAAAUGCAGGACGACGUGGUCAAACAGAUUGAGGAAUUGAUGGCGAACGAAGCCAGCGAGAGGACAGGUGCUUCACAUCCUCCAGAAGGGUUGAAGAGACCGGCUCGACACCGCCACUCGGAUUCCGACGUGACCUCUAAGAAGCCUCGACGGUCGACAGGCUUCGGUUUCAAAUGAUUGUUAUGAUAUGAGGAGAAGAUUAAGAGAGAUAUGAAGUUCCGGACUGAGCAGAUCUGCUCGACGCAUUCGAGAUGAGGGGGACGAGUAUUUGUGGUGAAAGCUUGUUCACUCGACUUGUGCUUGUGCUUCAUUUCAUCACACGUGUAAAUUGGAGAGAUUUUCCAUAAUCGAGUAAGAAAACGAGAGGAGUUUAAUAAAACUGUAU